UGUUUUUUUCGUAUAAAAAUUGAAAAUAAAUCAGUGUAUCAGAUAUUUAUUUUGCAGUUAUUUCGAAGGGGAUGCACGUGUGAGUUCUAGACAGUAAUACAGGUGGGGGUCGAAUAUAAGUAAACUGAAAGACGAUGGCACCAUUCAGUGAAGUUAAGUGAGAGUGCCCGUGUGUUUCCAACGUGUUCUGUUCAAUACCCGUGAGGUCUACCAUGAAGUGGCAAUUGAUACUACUCACCCUCACAUGCCUCUCUCCCGUUCGAUCCUCCGACGAGGAUCUGCUGGAUCGAGCAGCUGCACAAUUGACCAGGCUCUCAGCAUUCAGAAGAACGAAAGAGCCUCCAAUACUCCCCACCGACGAUCCAGGGCUCAUUGAUAUAUCAGCAAAUGAACAAGUUCCAGAGGACAAUCAGAACCUCUUCAUGAAUUCCAAUGCCAUGAAGAGAAUUGAUGAGCUGGCCCAAGCUGCUUACAAUCUCUACAAGGACCCCAAUUAUGAUGCCAUGAUGCAGAGGAUAAAGAGAUCGGGUAGUGGAGAUUUUGUUUCGGGAAUCGCCAAUAAAGUAGUUGGUGGUGUAGUUGGAGCUGUUGGGGGACUGUCCAGUGGACUGUCUGGUGGAUCUAGUGGUCCUCAGGCUCAUGACUCUUAUGGUGCACCUGUUGAACCGUAUGGACCCAAGCAAUUCAGCAUUUUUGACUUUAAAAAAGCUAUUCUAAAUACUGUCCUCCAAGCACUGAAAGCGCUUGCUGGUGGUGCAUUAGCACUCAAGGGACAGCUGAUUAAAGGUGGAGGUUUCGUUGUACAAACCAAAGGGCGCGUUAUCUCAUCUGCGGGUGAAGCAAUAUCCUCCCUCGGUUCGAAGAUAGCUAGCAGCGCUGUAAUUAGUGCACCAAAACCAGUGUACGGUGCGCCAGGAUAUUCGUACGAUGCUCAACACACACAAGAUGUUUCGUACGAUGGACCACCGCCGAGUCCAGAUGCAACUUACGCAGAUCACAUCUAUCACGGCCCUUAUGGGAGUCCCUCAUCCGACAACCCAGCCGAGGAGCCCGGUCUGCUAAUAGUGAAAGAUGCCAAGCCCGGAGAGCCCCCUCACCCCGAGGAUCACCGCCACAACUCUAUUCACGAGAGCAACCACCCUCCCAUCCAAGAAGACCACCACAACCACAUUCACAUCGAGGCCCACCCGCCAGACUCAUCACAGACCGUGGGAACCUUGGAGGAGAGCUUUGGAGGGCCACCCAAGGGUCCAACCGUCACGAAAUUCACUGGAGUAGUAACUGGGACAUUUGAACCCAUUCAGCCUCAUCAAACGGGUCAUCAAACUAAUGGCAAUGACCAUUAUUACGUUGAACAUAAGCAACAGAGUAUUCAGGUACCUCAGCCUGAUGCAUCACAGCCAUUGACUCCAACAGCCCCAUCAGACUAUGAAGGACACAAUCAAGGACCCCAGCAAGAUCUCAAUCAGCAGAAUAAUCAACAGGCAUUCCAAGCAAUUCAGGCGCUCAUUAAUCCGCACUUGGGAAUUACCCACGAUCAACCUUUGAAUUAUCAGAAUCAACAGCAUAACGUACAACAGUCCAGUUAUAAUACUCAGGGAUACGUUGGGAAUUAUCCGGAUCCGAGGCAUUACGGUUUUAAUGGCCAAGCAGAUCCCCUCAAAGCCCCCGUUUUCGAGCACCAGAACACCCUGGAUUCUGUUAACUUCGGAGUUCUUGGAGUACCUAGUGUCUACGGAGUGCCCAUGCAUACAAUGGAUCUCGCUGGACCCUAUGGGGUCUGGAAGAGAAACGGAAUCUACAGGAUGAAGAAGGGAACCUACUGGAGGUACCGUGCCAGCGAUCCAAAGAUCCACAGGAUAUAGACUGAUUUGUGAUUUUAUUCGUGCGAUCAUGAUAUUUCUAGCGCUUUCGUGUUCUUUGUUGUGUGGAGCAACCAGGGAUUUUUUUUACUUUGUAAAUAUAUGUAUAUUUCGAGUUGUUUUCUAA